AUACAUUGAGAGCACUAAGCUUCAUGAACAUCCGAACACUCCAAUAGCCGUGAUCAGCGGUGGCAAGAGCAAAAGAGCGAGAAUCAGAGUCGAGAGUGGGCAGAUAACAGCCCUGUCUCGGUCACGAUGCAGGCGUUGUCGAGUCGAGAAGAGGCGGAUGUCAAGACUCAAGCUAGAGAAGAGGCCAUGACGCAUUGCGAGCAAUUGGUGAAUGAAUGGGGAAAAUGUGCCAAUGGACGGACGAUCUCGAUGGGUUGGGCGUGCAAGACGCAGCUGAAAGCUUGGCAUCAGUGUAUCCGUGAUCACGUGACGGAGGAGCGCUUGGAUCAGCUCAGAGUGGAGUAUCUUGCCAAUCGACAGCAAAAAUUGGAAGAGUAUAAAGAUCGGCGGAGACAGGAGAAAGUGGAAGCUGCCAAGCGGCAGGCAGGGAUCAAGAACUGAGAGGGGAGCUGCAGAAGUCUAGUCGCAGGGAGGACCCGCGAGUAAGGUCAUCAGCACAUUGGAGAGGCCAACAGCGGUCAGGUCUGUAUAUUGCACA